GCGCCUCCAUUAUUGCCUUCUGCUGCACCACCUCUCUCUCUCUCUCUCUCUCUCUCUCUCUCUCUCUCUCUCUCUCUAUAUAUAUAUAUAUAUAUAUAUAUAUAUGAUUUCUUGAAUUUCAGCUUCUUAUUUCAGUUUUUUCUGUUUCCACACUUUUUCUUUUUGCAAGUGGGGUUUCUUGAUUUUCUUUUUCUAACUUUUCAGUUUUCUCCCUCAAAGUUUUGCUUGAAACUUCAUUUUCCAAGAGGACCACCUGUUCCUUCCCUUUCUCUCUCUUCAUGAUUUUGUUCCCACCAAGGAAAGUUUUCCAACUUCCAAGCAAUAUUUUCAAUUUCAUCAAAAAUAAAAAAAUUAGUUUCAGUUGAUUAGUUUAGCAGGUGGGUUCUGGGUUUUCUUUUUCUUUCUUCUAACCUCUAUCUGCUAAAGGUUAGGUCGAAACGGUCUUUGCAUUUUUUGGUUUUUUUUUUCUUUCUUAAUAAAAUUGGAUCUUUAUAUGAUUUUGACGUGUGGGUAAAGGAUUUGAGUUCUUAUUGGAUUCUAGAGAGAGAAAAUGAAGGAUUUCGCGGGCACUCCAGGGACUAUUACUGGGCUUGUCCUUAGGGUUUCUCAGUGUUUGUUUGCAGCAGGUUCAAUUGCUUCUAUGGCUACUACCAACAACUUCUUCAGUAUCACAGCCUUCUGUUACUUGAUUGCUUCAAUGGGUUUGCAAAUCAUUUGGUGUUCUGGACUUGCGUUCUUGGAUGCAUAUGCCUUGGCAAAGAAGAAGGUGCUCCACAAUCAUGUCCUCGUCAGCCUCUUCGUCGUUGGAGACUGGGUUACAGCAACACUAUCCCUCGCUGCCGCUUCUGCUUCAGCCGGUGUGACGAUGCUGUACUUUGCUGAUGUGGCAAACUGCAGAUUAGGACACGAAUGCCUUAAGUACCAAAUUUCGGUUGCUUUUGCAUUUUUGAGCUGGAUAACAAUAGCCUUGUCAUCCCUAAUUAUGUUUUGGCUUUUGGCUGCUGGAUAGAUCCGUAGUAGUUUUGGUUUUUCGGUUUUCGUGAUGUGUAUAAGAAAAGAGAGUAAACAAGAGACCGAUGGAGCCGAUAGCUGAAACAUGUUUUUGUUUCCAAAUUUUGGAAGUUUGAGCA